CUAUCGUUUUCCAAUCGCUUGUCACCAGAGGCAAAUAACGGAACCCUUUUGACCAUAUAUUCUUUGAGAGUUUUAAGUUAAAAUUUUUGAUGGCGUAGUUUGGAAGGAGUUUAGUCCAAUAAUAACUCUCCGUGUCCACAUUUAGGACUCUGAAGUCGCGCACUGUCUCUUUAAGAGGGUUCACCCACCGACCUCCUGUUGAUCCGACGGUAUUUCCCCACACGUUACUGCUCUUCGGUGUCUCCUGCCAGUCUCACAGCGCUUUACUUCAUUCAUAACGGUUCCUUUAUUUAUUUAUUCACUUUGGAAACUUGAAGCUCAAACAUGGCAGAGGUAGGGAAAGGAGUCAACGCCGGGAAACUGGCCAGUAAUGUACAGAAGAGGAUAACUCGAGCACAAGAGAAGGUGUUGCAGAAGUUGGGAAAGGCGGAUGAAACAAAAGACACAGCAUUUGAGGAGGAAGUGGCCAAAUUCAACAAGCAGCUGGCUGAUGGCACCAAAUUGCAGAAAGACUUGAAGGCAUAUAUGGCAGCAGUGAAAACCAUGCACGAGUGUUCAAAGCGUCUACAGGACUGUCUGGCAGAAAUGUACGACCCCGAGUGGUUUGGCAAAGAGGAGGUGGACUCCAUCGCAGAGGACACUGACCUCCUGUGGCAAGAUUUCCAACAGAAGCUUGUGGACAGUGCCCUCCUUUCCAUGGACACAUAUUUGGCUCAGUUUCCAGACAUAAGGGCUCGCAUCGCUAAGCGCGAGAGGAAGCUGGUAGAUUUUGACAGUGCCAGACAUCAUUUUGCAUCUAUACAGAAAAGCAAGAAAAAGGAUGAGGCCAAAAUUGCCAAGGCUGAGGAAGAGUUAGGCAGAGCUCAGAAGGUAUUUGAGGAGAUCAAUUAUGAUCUCCAGGAGGAACUUCCCACCCUGUGGGACAGUCGUGUUGGCAUCUAUGUUAACACAUUCCAGAGCGUUGCCGGCCUGGAGGAAAAAUUUCACAGAGACAUGGGCAAACUGAACCACAAUCUGAGUGAUAUUAUGACCAAACUGGAAGAGCAGCGUCUAGCCAAAAAAAGUGUCCCGACAGCAAACACUGGGAAGAGUGAAGAAGCAGCCAAUCACAACCUCUCAGAGUCAGCGUCAGACCCCCCUAAAUCACCAGCAAAGUCCAGAGAAGGACCGCCGGUGUCACAGCCGCCCAGGCCGGCUUCAUCUCAGGAGGUGAAUCAGGACAACACCAUUAACCCGCUUGAAGAUGCAGUGGUGCCUGACAUUAACAGUUCCACCCAGCCACAGAAUGAAGCGCCAACAGUGACAAAUGGCUCAUCAGAUGCAGAGCUUCCUCCAUCUGUUCUCUAUAAGGUGAAAGUGAUGCAUGACUACGGAGCAACAGACAGCGAUGAACUUGAUCUGAAGGCUGGUGACAUUGUGCUUGUGCUUCCCUUUGCCAACCCAGAUGAACAGGAUGAAGGCUGGGUAAUGGGCGUAAAAGAGUCACACUGGCUUCAGAAUAAAAACCUCCUAGCUAAAGGAGUCUUCCCUGAAAACUUCACCCAGAAACUGUGAGCGGAACAGCCCUCUCAGAAUCAACUACUCUUAUACUUUGUGUCCUCACCACUUUACUGUGAUAACAUUUUUUAUAAAACAUCUUCAAAAAACAAGGGCUUCUCAAGCAAAAAGUAAAAAGAAGAAGCUCUAUUCAAUAUACUGUGGUCAUUUGGGGUAAGAAUAAACAUUAAAAGGUAUUAGAUGAUAUUUGCAGCAGCAUGUUUUACACAACUUCAUGGAGUAGUAUGGGCCAUGUACACACUGCAGUCAAACUCACUUGUCAGUUCAUCCUUUAAUGCCUAAUCCUGAUCUGUCCACACAGUUCAGUUAUUUUCAGGAGUGACAACCACAUGUACAAAACUUCUUCGCAGUUUGUAUACAACUGAAGAGAACAACUAGAUGUUAAUGAUGUAUUUAAACUAGAUAUGUUGUCUGCUUUAUGCACAGUGCAAGAAAGUCACAGGGAAGGAGAUACGCCAAGAGCCUUGAUUUGCAUAUGUUGCCAGGUCUUGCUAGAAAAAACAGCAAACAAGAAAAAAAAAUCCAAAUGAUUUAUUUUGAAAAUAAAACCAAAUAUUACAACCUGCACCUGCAUAAACUGGAUCGCUUUAUGAGCGAAACCAUAAGCAGUGGUGCCCCCGUGAAAAGCGAAUGGGCUAGUUUUGAGUAGCAUUGAGCGGGUUUUUCUGUGAAGCCCAAAUAGUGAUGUGACAUUCAGCCGAGUAUGGUGACCCAUACUCAGAAUUCAUGCUCUGCAGUUAACCCAUCCAAAGUGCACACACACAGCAGUGAACACACACUCACCGUGAACACACACCCGGAGCAAUGGGCAGAUAUUUAAUACUGCAGUGCCCAAGGAGCAGUUGGGGGUUCAGUGCCUUGCUCAAGGGCACCUAAGUCAUGGUGUUGCCAGCCUGAGAUUCAAACCCACAAUCCUAGGGUUAGGAGUCAAACUCUAACCACUAGGCCACAAUAUCCCAAAUAUGCUGCUAAUAAGUGGACAUGGCAACACUGCAAGAUCAUUCUUUGUGAAGCAGACUUUGAAAAAUAAACAACGCCUCUGUCAACAGUGAUUUUGUUACAAUUGUUGAAUGCAAUGAGUAUUUGGUUGCUGUAGUAUUACUUUAAUAAAAAAUAGUGGAUACCAAACACGCAAGACUCUAAAACUUUAAGAUUACCGUGGUGUCAGUCGUUGCACUUUGUCAAGUACACGCAUCAAUUUACAAUUUAGGGGAUUCAGUCCAGUAUUUUGUUGGGUUGUCACACCUGAAGCUUUACAGUGUGAACAUGGCCAUGAACACAAUUCAGACUGGGGCCGAUUUGAUUGUUUUUUGUCAAUGGGCCAUUUUGGGAAGAUAUAAAGCAUCAGUUUUUUUGCCCUAAUCUGAUAUGACACACAUAAAACAACGUAUUUGAGUGAAGUCUUUUACUCUGUUGUCAACAUGGAAUUAUUAUGCACAAUUCUUCAGUGCUUGUAAAAUAAAUGUGUUAGAUGCUGUUUCCACAAGUAUGAAUAGAAACAAAUAGCAUAUUGCAUACAAGUGCAAAGAGUGACAGAUGCUCUUCACACAAAGUAUAAAUAGAAUACACUUUUUGUACUAAAGGUAAAAUAUCUGGUGGGCAAAAAGUUUGUCUUCCUGCAUAGUCUGCUGACGUCACAAAUCACUGUCAGUAUCUCUCAAACCAAUCAAGUCCUGAAGUCCAGUAUACAAUAUAUACUGUUUUAUUCAGAAAUAUAACAUAUUUCAGGAAAAAAAAGUGCUAAGUGCAAACUACAUUUAAUGUUGACUUAAAAAUCAGGGACAAAUGAAUCUUUAACUGGUUUUAUUAUCUCUAGAGUCUCCUGUACAUGUAGAGCCCCUUCGACACAAUGUUGUUUCCUAGAUAGGGUUUCUAGCACUGCACCGCAUGUGAGGGGUUCAUCUCAAUAAACUACACAAUAUUUAUGUUUUUCUUUGUUCUGUUAUAAAGGUCUUCGGGUAUCUGCCACCAAAGAUUCUGAAAAUUAUGCAAUGGGACAAACCACUAAGUUGUACUGUAUGAGCAACAGUUUGCUUGAAACACAUUUUUCAAUGUAUUUUCAAAUCUUUAAACAAUUGUCAUGGUUGCAUGAAUGUUUUAUAGUUCCUUUUAGACGGGUGCACAAAAGCUUAAUUCUUAAAUAACUGGAGAAGAUCGAACAUAUCUCGUUUUCAUGAUCUUACUAAUAUUUAAAAUAGGAAAUCAUGUCAAAAAUAUAGAUUAUUUGAUAGCUUGUGAUGCACUGAUAGGGUGGAAACACUGAAUGAACUGAGCGAGAUUUAUUCACAUACUUUACUGAGAGAGAACAGUAUCACUCCACCAGUGAAUUUUGUAUUUUAAAGGCAAAAUUGUGCUCAGCUGCACCCGCAUCUGGUUAUAUGUAGUAAUAUGUACGCUAACGUCUCUUUUUAAUAUUUUUAAAAUUCAGUUUUCUAUGUUAAUCUCUGUUUCUUUGUUAAUUAUAUCAGGAUAAAUAAUGGCACUGCAUCAUUGAGAAAUGACAGUGACUAAUAUUCAGUAUUCAGCACAUUUAGCACCUGGUUGAAAUGCUACAAAAUCGGGCCGUUUCAAUGCUUAAUCUGUUAUCAAAUAUACAGGGAAUCUGCUUUUGCCAAAACAGUGUAGAAUCUCCCAAGUAGAGUAAUUUAAUUGCUAUUUUGUGAACUCUUAUGUAUUGUCAACUCUGGCAUUGUCGGUGUGUAUGUAAAUCUCUCUCUCUGACCUGUUUACAUCAGAGCUAUAAUAUUCUUGCCUGGUAAGCUCUAUAUUUGAAUCGUUUUGAAUAAAGAAAUAUUUAUCAGGCCUUUGAGCAAACAGCUGCAAGAGGUCUAGUCUCUAUUCACCUGAAUGAAAACUGUGUGAAUGUUGAAAGUGACUCCAUCUGAAUGGUCAAGGUUCUGAAAUUUAAAACUCAGAUGUUGCACAUGAAAUCUAUAUUUCAACAGAAAGUUCAUUUUGGUAGCUUAGGAUACUCUGUCUUAACAUGCAGUUCUCUGUAAGAAACACCCUGUCAAGAAGCCUUCAAAAAGCAUAUUAAAAUUAAAAUGAUACUGAACUUA